AUGCUCCCAAAGGAAGGUGAAUGGACUAAAGUCCGGAGGAGGAAAACUUCACCAGCGAGCAAUGGAAAUGUAGGAGCCAUAACAAACUUCUAUGUCGCCGGAUUCCCGGGGUGUAUUACGAAGGCAGAGCUAUGGAAACCAUUUGGGAGGUUUGGUCGGGUGAUUGAUGUUUACUUGGGUGGAAAAAGAGAUCAUCGGAGACAACACUUUGCAUUCGUGAGAUACAUGGACGUAGAAGAUGAGAAGAUUCUGGAAGAGAAAUUGCAAGGAACAAAAUGCAGGGAUGUGACCCUAAGUAUAAAUCUAUCAAAACACAAAAGAAAGCCUAUUUAUGUUACAAACUCCCUACCUCGUUGCCAACAUGAAGUACCUCUCCAUCCUCCUAUAUCCAAAACUGGUAAUCGAGAUAAUAGAACGUUUGCACAAGUAAUCUCUAACUCUGUACGUGAUAGAUCCCAACAUAAUCACAAUCCGGUAGUAAUCAGCUCAGAGACUCAGAUGAAUGAAUGGUUGAAGAAGUGUGUAUUAAUUGGCGAGGCUCACAGCUUUGACCACAUUGGUAGCAUGCCUACUUCGUUGCUAAUGAAUGAAAGAACGAAAUACCUGGGUGGGUUAAAUGAGGCGUUAGGAUUCAGUAACUCAAUUGAAACAAGAGAAUUCUUGGAAGAUAAAGAACGGUGGAAGGAUUGGUUUAAAUGGAUAAUUCGUGCUAACCAGCAAGUACUACCGUAUGAAAGAACUGCUUGGAUCAAAAUACUCGGUUUACCACUUCAUCUUUGGGACGAAAAGAACUUCUCUCUAAUAGCUGGAAGAUUCGGUAGAGUCAUCGCACCGUUCAACAAAUUAUCAACAAGAAGAGACUAUUCGGUGGGGAAGGUGGGUGUUCUUACAUCUCAAUUGAAAUGGAUAAAUGAAGUGGUAUCGAUCUCCGUAGAUGGGAAGUUAAUAAAUGUUGGAAUUGUUGAAUAUACUGACGAUUGGUCCCCGUUUCACCCUGCUCCUUUUGAUAAAGUAGAAGAGGAUUCAGAUGAUGAAGUGGUGGAGGAAGUCGAAAGUGAUGAGGAUGCCAGCGAGGAAGGAGUCUCAGAGACAUGGAUGGAAGAAGAAAAUUCAGAUAUGGAGGAAGAAGAAAUUAGAAUCGAAGAAAUUCCCAAUGAGACGUUGGUCGAUGCUCAUGUUUGGAUUCCUAACGACGAGGAAACAAUAAACGAUGACAAUAAAAAAAGUGACAGUUCCAAUAAAGUAGGAUCGGUUGGUAUUCAUGAGGAAAAGGCGGUGUCAGCACAAGAGACUAGGUAUGAUCAAAAGGAGAAUACGACACAUGAUGAGGACGUGGCUGAAAGGCCAAAUACAAACAUGGAGAAUAGCCCAUUUGUUGAUCUAUUUGGGCCGCUUCACAAUAUGGUACCAUCUGGGUGCUUUGGACCCUUUCCAAACAAUCAAUUCAAUCAUUCUUCUUCUCAGGCCCAUUUAUUUGAUUCAACACUAAUAAUUGGCACAAGCUCAGGCAAUAAAACAAACAUCGGGGGUCCUUCAAUUAAAAAAAGGAAGAGAUCCAGGCGUGAAUCUAAUACCCCCUCGUUUGACUUUCUCGCACACUCAGAUCUACCUUUACCUUCUUCUCUUAUGUGCAAUCAGUUAGCUUCCGAUAUUGGGGGUGAUUCUUGUCUUGACCUUAAUAGAAGUUCUAACUCUGGUAAUCUUAAUUCUGAUGAAAUCGAUCAAACAACUAGAAUCGGUACUGAGCUCGGAUUCCAAUUGGACAGGGAUAAUUGUAUCAUUGUUCAAAUUGUUGGAGAUAAAGCAAAAUUUUUGCAAGACAAAUCGAUUGGUAGUUAUACACUAAAGUUAGAAUUCCCACAACUAUAUCAACUUGAAGCACAGAAAAACUGUUUGGUGGCUAACAGGAGAAAUACAGUCGGGUAUUGCUGGAAUUGGAAAUCUGUUCCUGUAAAUGUUGGCAUGACAGAUGAGUUGGAGAGGUUAACUGGAAUUCUUGAUCAAUUCCAUCCUCGUUCUGGUCUAGACAAAUGGAUAUGUCCUCUUGAUCCUGAUGGUGAUUAUGAGGUGAAAUUCCUAAGGCGAUACAUUGACCGCUCUCUCAUGGUAUUACCUACUUAUUCUCACAUUAGAUGGUGUAAAAUGAUCCCCAUAAAAGUCACAUGCUUUGUAUGGAGGGCUGUGCAAGGGAGGAUACCUGCCACAGUAGAGUUAAGAAACAGGGGCAUCUCGAUAGAUACUACUUUAUGUGAAGCUUGCAUUGGAAUGGAGGAGAGUGUCGUACAUAUCUUGUUUAGCUGUCCCUUUGCAGGAGAAGUUCGAAAUAUGGUGCUUAAUUGGUGUGGUAUGGAUAAUAAUGAGACACAUAGCAUAAUGGAUCUUAUCCAUUCUAUGGCUUCCCAUGGAAGAUGUCCGAAGGAAAAAGGCUGUUAUACAUCGAUCUGCUACGGUAUGAUAUGGGCAAUUUGGAGAGCCAGAAAUGAUCGAAUUUUUAAAGGGUACUUCACUUCUCCUUCACGGGUGGUAGACGGAAUCAAAUCCAUGGUGUAUCUGUGGGCAAAACAUAGGAGUAAAGGUGUUCAUAGUUCAUGGGAAGAGUGGUGCUCUAGCCCUGUUUUGUAA